GUACCGUUGGCGCAUGCGUACUUGUGUCUUUCUUCCCAGUCGUCCUUUCCCCAGUUCGCGGUGUUCUACUUUGGUUGAUCUUAGUGUCGGCCGCGCUGUUUGUACACCAUAGUUUUUUUUUUCCACCCCCGUUUGUCUGGUUAAAUAUACAGCCGAGUAAAUAAACAUGUCUACAGAAGAUCUACAACAGACCAUUGCCAAUGAUGAUGAUGACGAAGUUGAAGAAGUAACCCAGGGAGAUAUGGAAACUGGGACCUUGCCUCUUGAUGAUGAGGAAAAAGUGGAAGGUGAUGUUCCUAUGGAAGACAGCAAUGCGGAAGAGAAGAAAGAUGAUGCUGAAAAGAAGGAAGAGGAGGAUGACAAUACAUUUAAUUUGAGACGUCCAUACCCCAACCUGUUGACAAUUCACAAGUUAAAGCUGGAGGACAUCAAGGUUGCUGUGUCCGAGUUGUCUGACUACUGGGAUGACUCCUGUUUGACCAUCAGAUACAUUAAAGAGAAGUCUGGUAUUAGGAAAGGGUUCAUGCGGAUGAAGUUUCCUUCUGAAGAAGCUGCCGAGGUUGUGUUUAACAAGCUGAUGCCCAUGGAAAUCAAUGGGAAGACCUUCGAAUAUGAACCUACUACUGAGGGUAACGAUGGCAAAGAUAAAGAUGGUAAAGGGAACAAGAAAGACUAUUCCCUCUAUGUCAACAACAUUCCCCAAGGAGUUACAGUGAAGGAGGUGCAGGCGUUGUUCCCGCAAGCCCGGAAUGUGGUGAUCCCACUUAAUGAGGAAGACCAGAAUCAGGGAUACGCCCUUGUGGAGUGCCAUUCUCUCCAGGAGGCUGAGACCAUGCUUGCCGAGAGCAAGGAGCUGAAGCUUAAGGAAAAUGUCUUGACAUGUGACCUGAUUUCUCACACUUCUAAGGAUGAUGAUGAUAAAAAAUCGAAGAAGCAUCAGAACAAUCAACAAAAUAAAAAGGGACGCUUUUCAAACAGUCAGAAUCGUCGUAACCACCAGAUGAAUAAAAAAGGCAAGAGACCACAACAGAUGCAGCAGAUGCAACAGCGCAAACAGAGAUGGUCUCCUGAGAGACGACAACAAGGCAGGAAACCUUUGCAGUUUAUGCAGAAAGGAAGAAUGGACGGUGGUAGGCGUCAGCUCAUGGAUGGUGGUGGCCAGUGGAACCAAGGCGGUCAGAAUGUCACUGCUGCUCUCUCACAGACCAGUGAAUUACUUAAAGGACUGACCAGUUUGCUUGGGCAACAGCUGCUGAGUCCCAACCAGAUGGGCGGCCAAGGCGACGGCCAGUACGGCAACCAGUCAUGGGGACAAGGGAUGGACCAGGGAGGUAACUACGGUGGAUUUCAGUCAGGCGGAGGUGGUGGUGGCGGCGGCGGCGGUGGCCGAGGGUUCGGCAACGACAGCAUGAAUUACGGUAACUAUGAUUUGAACUCAGUGCUGGAGGUCUCCACCUCCUCGCCCUCAGCCUCAGCCUCCAGAUACUCGGGUGAUGAAUAUACAACUCGCAACCGACCCUAUGAACAACACGGUGGCCGUUUCGGUGGGAGUAAGAGAUCUCAACGCACUUUCGACUAUAACUCAUCGGGCAACUAUGGUGGUGGCGGCGGCGGUGGUGGAUGGGGUAGCUCAUACCGUGGCUACAACUGAGUGUGUAAAAAGUGUGUGUGAGGGGGGGUUGUAUCUUGUCUGUCAAAAAAAAGAAAACCAGUACGCCAGUGUGGUCCAUGGUCGUCAGCACCAAGUCUUCAGAAGUUUAGCAAAGAAAGAAAGAAAAAACAAAA